UCACUUCGUUAAGAGAAGGUACAAACACGGACCCGGUUAAAACGACCGACAUCGAACGUUAAAACUCUAUUCAAUUAAAGUUCGUGUCUUGUUUCAUAAAAAAGUUUCAGGUUGAUUGAACUCAUACCUGCAUUUUAUUUUUGUUUGUUUGUAUAUUUUCUGACUCAUUUUUUUUAUUGUUUUGCUUGUCUAGCGUGCGUUCGUUUUGUUUGUCAUGCUCUUAACCCUCUAUACUACAUAACGAUCAAGUCGGCGUGACAGAAGUUGUUGAUGAUUUUACGUUUUUUUUGUACCUUGUUUUGUUAUUUUUAUUUGAUUCGCACCUUUUGUAUGGCGAUAUUUUAAUUAAUUGUAUUUUUUUGCUUGUGAAUUUAACAAUUGACAAGUUCAUUCAUAGAAACUGUCAUAAAUGUAAGAGUGAACAAAUUGUGUACAAUUUUGUACAGAAAGUUGCUAUAAUAUAAAACGAGUUAUAAAAUAAAAGUAAACCUAAAACCGGCGAGAGGUUCACAACAUAUGGUGGUUUCAGUGAAAUCCUGUUUUGAGGACAGGAGAAAAUUUUCUGUGUUUUGUGUGUCAAAUUAUAAUGUGCACUAAAAACAGCAGCUGCUGACAGUGAAAGAAAAGAAAGUUCAAAGUUAACACAAAAAACGAAUGACCUUCUAUUAAAUAGCAUUUUCUUGGCUAAAAAAGUUUGUUUUUCUUUAACUGUCAACAACAAGUGCCUAUUCACUUCACAUGCCAGACACAAUGUCGUCCGAUAGAUAUCACAAGUGAGUUCUAAAAAUAACACCAAGAAACAAAAUACUUAUUUCAAUUUUUUGAUAAAAUUUUGACCCUACGAGCUGCAAAAGAUGGUCUUUUAGACUUGCUGAAAGACGCAACCCGCAAAGAUGCCAACACAAAAGAUGACGAUGGAAUGACACCGGUGCUAUGGGCAGCCUUUGAAGGCCGUUUAGAUGCCUUACGACUAUUGGCUGGAAGAGGUGGUGAUCCAGAUAAAUGUGAUCAAUUUGGAAAUACUGCUUUGCAUUUGGCAUCAGCAAAAGGUCAUAUGCAUUGUGUUGAUUUUCUUCUCAAAUUCGGAGUCAACAUUUAUGCUUUAGAUAUUGAUAAACAUAGUGCUAAAGAUCUUGCAGCUAUCAAUAACAGAGAUGAUAUUUUGAGAUUUCUAGAUGCAGCUACAGCUAAUUUGGAAGCAGCUGAUAGAAAAAAAGCAAAAACAAUGAAAGAAAUCGCCGAGAAGAAUUGUGAAAAACGUAUCAAAGAAUAUAUGAAACGUCAACAGAAAACCGAACAAGAAUAUGAAAAUAUGAAACCGAAACCUUCGACAAUGUUGGCAGCUUUGAAACAUAAAAUUUGGUCCAGUCAAGGUAAUCUCAACAAACCUCCAAAAGAACCAAUGAAUGGUGCUAAAUUCAGUGAUUUAGUUGGUGGAUCAAUAUCGAGUAGAGUUGGUGCUGUACAAAAGAAAGUUAUGGUCUCGAAGUUGAAAAAUCAGUCAAGUCGUGAACGUGGUGAUCGAGAAAAUGAUACUGGUUUUAAAAUUGGAGAAAUCGAAUCCGAUGGAAAGAGAACCAUAACUUCUUUGACUGGUCUUCAGCGUGAUUCAGAAGUUUUGUAUGUUGGAACUUUUAGUUCGAAUGAAGAUAACGGAAAGAGAGGAAAACUUACAGAUGUCUUUGAUAUGGAAGCAAAUAGUGACACAGAAAGGGAAGUUCCACGGAUUGGCUAUGGAACUUUGUCAAGAUCGUUUUCUCAACCUGAUUUCUUAGCUGCACAGAAUGAUGAUGAAGCUUGCAAUGAUAUUCUUCUUCAGCGACCAACUGGUCUGUUUGAUAGACCAAUGUUGGGAAGUAUUGCAUUUAGACGAUCAGUUACAGCUGCAUUGAGUCAAUUACAUCCUGAAGCUUCAUCAAUUGAUUCAUCAAAUUCUGCUAAUACUUCAAGGAAAUUGGGACAGCUGGGAAAGUCACGAUCAGUUAAAUCGCGUUCGUUUUUAAACAUAUCAGAUAGUGAUUCAGAAGGUGCUUGUUUUAGUGACGAUGAAGAUCAAGAGGAUUCGGGGAGUCCUAUUCAGAGAUUUUUAGCUGUUUGGGGAUUGGAUGAGUAUUUGGCUGUAUUUCAUAAACAACAAAUUGAUUUGGACACCUUGAUGCUUUUGACGGAGGCAGAUCUUAAAUCACUUGGACUUCCACUUGGACCAUUUAGAAAACUUACUUUUGCCAUUCAAGAAAGACGUAAUGCCUUGGCAAAUCCAGGGCCCAUUCAAGAUAGUCGAUUAUAAAA